AGUUAGACGUAUAGAGUCUUAAGUGAAAAGCGUCUAUUGAUAAAAACUGGAAACACUAGUAUGGUAAUUGAAUUUACUUGUGUAAUGAGUUUGCUUUUGAUAGCUGCGUUGGUUGUUUAAUUUUGUCAGUAUGUUAGAAAUAGAAGUGUAUUCUCGAACAUUUUACUUAUUUUGUAUUUUAUAUUUUUGUGCGGUCUGUAGUGGUCUGUCACCCUUUCCAAAACUUCUAGUUGUUUCAACGGAUGGUUUUCGACAUGAUUAUUUACAUCAUGUUCCAACUCCAAAUUUGCAUCUUUUAAUGAAGGAAGGGGUUCAUGCCCCUUGGAUGAAAAAUGUUUUUGUUACCAAAACAUUACCAAAUCACUUUUCCAUAAUGACAGGAUUGUAUGCAGAGUCACAUGGAAUAGUUGGAAAUGAGAUGUUCGAUCCUGUCCUGAAUAAAUCGUUUUCGGGUGAGAAUACUCCAGAGUGGUGGGAUAAUGGACAUGUCAUGCCAAUUUUGUUGGCAAAUCAGCUUGAAGAUGGUUCUCGUGUUAGUGGAGAAAUGAUGUGGCCAGGAGGUGAUUCACUGAUUCGCAACAUGAAACCUUUUUAUAAUGCUGCUUUUAAUGCAAGUGUCUCCUUCAAAGAACGAGUUGAUAUUGUGAUAUCGUGGCUGAUUAAUGAAAAGUUUCCUGCUAAUUGCAUCUUUCUGUAUUUUCAAGAACCUGAUCAUACUGGCCAUAUAUUUGGACCUAACUCUCCUGAAAUCAGAGAGAAGAUAAAGCUUGUGGACAGUACCAUUGGCUAUUUGAUAAAAAAACUUAAAGAAGCUCAGUUAUAUGAAUUACUUAAUCUUAUAAUAUUAAGUGACCAUGGAAUGACUGAAGUAGCUGAUGGGAAUUUAAUAGAAAUGGAUUCAAUUUUAGAUCCAUCCUUGUACCAUGUAUCUAGUGGAAGCCCUGUUUGGAACAUACGGCCAGUUGAUGCUGGAAAAUUGGACAAUAUUUAUAAUACCUUGAAAAAAGCGUCAAAGACCAAUCAUUUCAAAGUUUACAAGAAAGAAGAAAUUCCAGAUGGGUACCACUACAAAAAUAAUCGUCGUAUAAUGCCAAUUUUGGUGGAAGCUGAUGAAGGAUGGUUACUUAUGCAUAAUCGAAGUAAAUUUACAGGCAAAAAAGGAAGCCAUGGGUAUAACAAUAGUCUUCGAUCCAUGCAUCCUUUAUUUAUUGCUCGUGGUCCAGCUUUCAAAGUCAACUUUACAGUAAAACCUUUUAACAAUGUUGACCUCUAUCCCUUGAUGUGCCACCUUCUAGACAUCCACAUUUGGCCUAGCAAUGGAUCUUUAGAAAAUGUCUUGCCUAUGCUAGAUAUCCGUUAUGACAAACCAGUGUGUUUCAGUUAUUUUAAUCCCUUUGUUAUAGGUAUCUUAGCCAUUCUGGUUAUCAGUGUAUCUGGAAUUUUAAUUGGUGCUGCUGUUCUUACUCUCUCUAAAAGAAAUAAAGUAACAACUGUGGAUGUUAAUCUUGAAACAGUCCUACCAAAAUCAAAGGAAGGAUUAUCUUCUAAGGAUGAGCUCAAACAACUUCUCAUGGAAGGCUCUGAAGAUGAAAUGUAGCACUGGAUAGCAAACAGAAUGAUACCAACUGUUAAAUAAACAACUAGAAAUAUAUAUAUGCUAUAAAGUGCUUAUAAACUUAGUGUACACAUGCUUUUUGAAAAGGGAAAUGCAUGUAAUUUCUGAGACUAACUAACUUAUCUUUUGAAACAUCAAAUAUUAUAAAUAUAUUUUAUACCACCUGUAUUUCUCUUGAUUUGAAUGUCAGUGCAUUUUAACAAAUAUAUGUAGAUGAUGUGCAAAGUAAGGUAUAAAUAGCAUUAAACAUCUGGCAUUGUAGUAUGUGAUAAGUAAGGAUUAAAUCUUAUUUGGGAAUAGAUUUGGAAUUGAUUUCUAAUAUAUCACAAAUUUGAAACUAUAUGUAAGAAUGUAAGGUCAAAUUACAAGUAUGUGAUUCCUUUUCUACCCUUUGAAUAACUACCCAAAGAAAAGUCAAGGGUAACUAGUCUAUGAGCUUGGUUCUUUGAAAGUUUAUUUACGUGUUAAAAGUUUUAAAUGUUUUAGUACCAAGUGACAAAACUCUUCAACACUUUGUAUAUUCAUAAAAAUGUGUACUAUUCCAUAUAACUCAUUAUAGCACUUGAUAACACAACUGCUUUGGUUAGAUCAAUAAAUCAUAAGGGGGGAAUCUUAAUUUAUAAAAUCAUUCUAUUGGUAAUAAUAUCUGGCAAGUUUCAACAUAUGUUUUAGUUCCCAAUUCCAUUAAAUCAUGAGAAUUGUUUUGAUCAGACAAGAAAUUCAUACUUUUUUAUUACUAUUAUUAUUAUUCCAUUUAUAUGUUUACAUUUUUGAUUUUUUACUUGCCAUGCUUUCUGCUUUUAGUGAAUUUAGUACUAUACUUUUUGAAAUUUCUUAAAAAUCAUUCUCAUUUACAUGAGUGAAUUGUAAUUGUUUUUGUUGUUGUUUGAAAUCAAAAUAAUUAUCAUUAUUUUUUUAAAAAAUUUAUAAUUUUUCUGACUUGUGUGACGUACAAAAAUGAAAAUAUCUAACCUAAUUAAGUGCCUUAUGAUUAAGCCAAAUAAUUCUACAGGCUUUCCAUUCACAGUUAGUCUUAAAUAUGUAAAAACAUUAAAUACAAACUUUUCAUAUAAGCUAUGUUCAGAAGGAAACAAAUUUCAUUCAUGCACUGAAUAAGGAUAGUUUGCAAUUGAGAAAUGAUUAUUGUAAUAAGUGAGAUCUGUCUACUGCUUAAGAAACUGCAUAUUAUGUGAUUUCCACAAUUAAUUGGAAAGUAUUUAUUCAUUAGUUAGUUAUAGAUUAUAAUUCACACCAAAUGCUGUAAAAAUGGAUACUAGAGAUAACAAGUUAAUUGAGUUAUAAUUUUAUUGGAAAAAAACUAAAAAUUUAAAAAAUUAGCCAAUAAAGUGUAGUUUAUACUACAGUACACACCAGUUACAAACAAUAUAACUACUGUGGUAACAUAUUAUUGUACUUCUUUAAGGUGAAGCUAUAGAUAUGGUGGAAGGAGUGCAUUGUACCAGAGAUUUUGUAAAGAAGUUAAAUCUGUUGUGCAUAUCUUCAGCACCAUUGAUGUAAAUUUGUUGGUUGUAAUCUGAUAUAGAUGACUUUAGGCAUUAAAAUUCUGCUACUUUCUGAACUCUUCUCUUGCAUAGACCCCAUUCUAAAUGAUUCUAACAUUUUAAGAGAGUUUAGGGUGGUUCAUCACAGGUUCAAGUUUAAGAAUUUUUUUAGGCUACUGAAAUAUUAACACUUUCAAGUAGUAUUUCAUUUUUAACUUGUAUGAGAAAUCAAGUUUGUUGUGUAUUUGUGGUUAAGGAAAUGUUUAUAUUUUGAUUAUUUAUACUAUUCAUACUAUGCAUGUUAAUUCUAUGUCACAAUAUUCAUCUCUUUCAUUUAUGCUUUAGAUUUCAGUUUCAAUUUUAGCUGUUAUGAGAAAUUAUUUUCUUUGCAUAACUAUAUUUAAAUCAAAAAGAUUAUGGACAUUUUUUAAAAUUCAAGAUGGUUUUUCAUAAAAAGUUUCAAAAUAUUUCUGUAUUGAAAGAUUUGGGAUAAUUCUACAUCAAGAGAUUCAACAUGAAGCUGCAUUUAAACAAUCAUGAUGGUUCAACAUUGAAUGAUAUAGGUUAGAAUAGUUUCAAAUAUUUGGGGUAAAUAUAAUGUCACAUUGAAAGAGUUAUAGAACAAAAGAUGAAUUGUUGAUUUACAUUGAAAGAUUCAAUGGUAAUUUAUCAGAAAAGAUUAAUAAUAGUAUUAUUCUAAAAGGUUACAAACAGUUACACUGGAACAUUUGUGAUACAUGUAGUUCUAAAAAGAAUGAUUGAGGACUGUUAUACAAUAAAUAUUUCAAGUUAAUUCUAUACUAAACAUACAACAAAAAAUUGAGAUAGCUUCUCAGUGAGAGGCUCAGAAUCAGGGCCAGUGGUACCUUAACUAGUGCCUCAGGCAGAAAUUAAGGCUGCAACCUUACUCACACUGAAGCCUCCUGAGGAUUUGGCAGCCACCUAUGAUUCCUAUCCAUGAUAUUGGGGCUGUUCAGAAUGCUUCUUUAUGGAAGGAUGUAGGAGUCAAACUAAGUGAUACAGGAUGGAAUUCCAUCCUGAAAGAUUCAAGAAAGUUAUGAUAGUUUCAUACGGAAAGCUUGAGAUAGUUUUUACUUAAAUUUAGCUGUCAGAAAAGUGCCAUCAGCAUUGAAAAUGUAGUUAUAUUUGUGUUAACUCUCAUGUCUGACAUUUUGCAAGUCACAGAUAUUUCAUUGAUUAUUUUAUUAUAUUUUUGGUGCAUUUUAUUUUUCCUUUUUUUUUGUAUAUUCAGGAUAGUUCUACGCUGAUAUUUAGGCUUUGCAUAUAGUUCUUUAUGUUAAGAAGAGGUUUUUAUUAAAUUGAUGAUUCUAUAAGUAUAAAGGUAUUUAUUUAUUUAUUUAUUAGGGAUGCACGGGUAGUAAAAUGUGGCUGAAUACUGAGUCUGGGUACCUAGUCACCAAGCCUUGGGCAGGGCCAGGUGUUGACUGGGACCGGGUUCUCCUCUUACCCCCAAAAAAACAUACACAAAAAUUAGAAACAAAAACAAAAUUAACAUUAAUUACAUUUAACCAAAUAAUCACAAACACAACUUUCAAGUUUUACUUUUUUAACUUUCAGCCCAACUUCUCAUACCCUAGCCCCUAUUAUUCUCAAAACCCCCACCUUCCACAGAAAUGCACUUCACAAGCCAUGCCUGUUAUUAACUCCUAUUGUUCUCUGAAUCCUCUACUUUCAGCAGGUGGGCAGUUUUUGUUGCUCAGAACACGUUUUUUAUAACUGUCUGUACCACAUUAGUUGCCACAAAGAUUAGGGCUUAGAUACCUAACCUCAACACUCGGCCAGAACCAAGUAUUGCCGGAUAUCCCAAUACCCAGCCAGGGCUGAAUAUCUGGGUGGGUACCCAUGCAUCCCUAAUAUUUAUCAGAGUUGAUCAAAAACUCAAUAAAUAUUUGUCUAAUUUUUUGUGAUACAAUAUCUCUUAAUGUGUGAAGAUAUUCACAUGGAGUUCCAUCAUUUUAAGGUACAGUAUUUUAUGUAAAGAUUCUGAAGAAUUAUGAAUAUCAAUGAAAAUUUUUAAAUAUUUUUGUUAGCUGGCUUUGCAAUUGUAUAUAUCUUAAGAAUGUGAUCAGGUAUGGUAAAGCAUGUUUUAUGAACUACAAUAAGGAAAACAAUUUUUCAGAUAUACACAUAAAUUAUACAUGUUUCAUACAUUUAUUUAACAUCUUUAUUGCAGUUUUUGCAUUGUAUUGAUUGUAUUAUGCCAUAGUAACACAAAGAUGUGGAUUAUGUUUUAUAGUGAUAAGAAAAAAGUUCAAAAUGUGUGGUUAUAUCUAUAUUAUUUACUGUCAGUUGGCAAUUAUAAAUAAGGAACUUGAAAUAACUAAGAUGCAAAGAAAUCCAAUAACCUGAGCAGUUUCAGAAUCAGAAGGUUAUGAGGCUGUUUGGUUCCUUUACGGUAUGUAUAUUAAAUCUCUGUGGUGAUGUACAAUUUGACUUGAUUUGAAUAUAGUUGUUGGAAAUCUCACAUAGUCCAUCAUGUCUAUUGAAUUCCUAAGUAAAUGUUUUUGUUAGAUCCAUGAAGUACUUCAUAAGCAAUUAAAAGAAAUCAAUAAGUGAUGUUAAUAAGCUUAAAUAUGGAGGUAUACACCGUAUGGUGGUACUAUGGAAUAUGUUUCAUAUUUGAAUAAAAAAGUUUUUAAAUUUCGAAUUUGUUUCAUUAUAUUUAAACGGUCGAGCCAGGUAAUCACUUAAACACAAGAAAGAUGAAGGAUCCCACAAGCUUUUAUAAUUAACAGUUUUGAAAGGAAUGCUCAUUGUAAUGAGAAAAGAAAUAUUUGAAGAGGCUGAAAUAAACCAUUAAAUUUGAA